GCCCCCCGCUGCUCGUUCCCCAGCUUUCCCUUCCCCUCCACAUACACUCUCUCUCUUUCUCUCUCUCUUCAACGAUGAUCGACAUUUCUCAUCAGCAGAAGCAAUUCGAGGUGAUCCCGACGUUGGUGCGACCGACGUUGGUCGAGGCCCUAAAGUCGCGUGUCCGUACUGCCGCCGCCGUCGCUGCUACAGAGUCGGAUCAGCUGCCGCAAGUGCAGACAUUGGGAGUCGCAGAGAUGCUCGAGGCUCGUUUGAACUCGUUUGACCCCGCGAGCGAUGAUGCUGAGGCAGAGUGUGCGUUCUAUGUCGCGGAUCUGGGAGAAGUCUAUCGACAGCAUCUCCGAUGGAAGGCCCUCUUGCCCCGUAUCGAGCCGUUCUUUGCGAUGAAGUGCAACCCCGACCCAAUGGUCCUCCGAUUGUUGGCCUCAUUGGGUACUGGGUUCGAUUGUGCCUCGAAAAACGAGAUCCAAUCCAUCCUCGAUCUCGGCGUCGAUCCCACACGGAUCAUUUACGCGAAUCCCUGCAAGCAGAACGCGUUCGUCAAAUACGCGCACACGAACAAUGUCCGGAUGAUGACCUUUGACAACGCAGAGGAACUCCACAAGAUCAAACGAUUCCAUCCCAAUGCGCAACUCGUCCUGAGAAUCUUGACCGAUGACUCCAAAUCCCUUUGUAAGCUCGGACUCAAAUUCGGAGCGCCCCUGGACACCGUGGAGGGAUUGUUGGCGACGGCGAGGGAGCUCGAUUUGGACGUGAUCGGGGUUUCGUUCCAUGUCGGAUCUGGAUGCUUUGAUGCUCAGGCGUUCGGUGAGGCCGUCAUCCGGGCGCGCCGAGUGUUUGAUCAAGCGAUCGAGUACGGUUACGAGUUCAAGUUCCUGGAUGUCGGAGGCGGGUUCCCAUCGGCGCAUGUGAAGGAGGGGAUCACGUUCGAGAAGGUGGCCUUGAUUUUGGGACAGACCGUGGAAAGGCUGUUCGGACCUGAAGUUAGGGUCAUUGCAGAGCCAGGACGGUACUAUGUGGGCUCGGCGUUCACGCUUGCGACACAGGUUAUUGCCCGACGCACGAUCCAGUCUGUUACUGCUACUGCUGCCGCCUCCGAGGACAAGGACGGGAACAGGGGCGAGGACGAGGAGGAGGUGAAGCACAUGUAUUAUAUCAACGACGGGAUGUAUGGCAGUUUCAACUGCAUUAUGUUUGACCACCAGAUCUGCGAGCCAAAGGUCUUGUUCCGCGACGGCGAGUUCUCUUACGAUGCUCAUUACAUGCAGGACAUGCAGCAGGAGCAAGGAGGACUGGCCUCGGUGUGGGGUCCGACGUGUGACAGCAUCGACUGCAUCACGAGCAAGACUCGAUUGCCGCUGCUGGAGUCUGGGGACUGGAUGUACUUUGAGAACAUGGGCGCGUACACGAUCACAGCAGCGAGUCAGUUCAAUGGGUUCAAGAGGAGCGAAGUCCUCUACACGACUACCGAGAAGGAGGUCACCUAUCACUUCUGACGACACCUCCCCGGGUCGGAUUGAACUUUUCUCUCUCUCUCUCUUUCUCUCUCUUUUUUUUUUGAGGAACAACAUAACAGCCGUGGGAACAUUCCGGCAACUUUGCGGUACUUUUUUUUUUAUAGUUCACUCAAAAUGACCUUGGAUGGUGAUAAUAAAAUCUCAAUUGAAUUUGCAGCUC